UCUCACAUUACAGUAACCCGGGACAGAUUAACCAUUCGUUAACCCACAUUUUGCCUGCUCCUGUUGGUUUGAAUAGUCCACGUCAGCAGUCAAUUAAGUCAACACCCCCUCCUUUCACCAUUCACGGAAAAGCUUCUGCAAACUUUACUAUCCUUUUCUUCCUGUUUCCUCCGUACUGUCUACAUAUCACACUUUUGUAAGAUGAGUUUGCCGUGAAUGCCUGUUGCGUGUCAAAAAUCUGGCAACUUCCUGAACUGAACGCCCUGUGUAGCUAUGACGGCGACAGAAAUACAAAUAUGAGAACAUUCGAUCGGUCAGAUUUGAAAAAUAUGAGUGAUCGGACGGGUCAGUGUACAUUGAGUAAGUGAACUUCGGUAACUUGCCAUCCAGGAAAAUGAGAUUUAAAAUUCACAAGAGGAAUGCGCUGAUUUUCGUACUGGUUGCGCUCAUUGCUCUCUGUGUAGUGAUCAGGAUACGUAAAAAUGACAAUGUCCACCAAGAAAUUAAUAAGGACGUCGCCUCGCCUGCAAGCGCAACGAGUAAGUUUCAAUACGACACCGUUUUUAAUAUGAAGAAGUCCGUGUACGGAAGUAACUACAGGCAGUUCAUUCAUAAUGCAGACAAAUUCUCGGCAGAUCCUCAGUUGGUCGUAGUGGUUCAGGUCCAUAAGCGACCCGCCUACCUCAAAUUGCUGGUGGACUCUUUGGAAAAAGUUCUGGGUGUUCACAACAUACUCUUAAUUUUUAGCCAGGAUUAUUUUUCGGAGGAAAUAGCCAGUGAAAUCGAAAGGAUAGAUUUCUGCCGAGUCUUGCAGAUUUACUUUCCAUACAGUACGCAGCUGUAUCCUGCUGAAUUUCCUGGACAGGACCCCAAAGACUGCCCGAGGGACAUUUCAAAGGACAGCGCUAUCAAAAUGAAUUGCAACAACGCAGACUAUCCCGAUUCUUACGGACACUACAGGGAAUCCGCUUUCACGCAAGCAAAGCAUCACUGGUGGUGGAAGUUGCAUUUCGUGUGGGAGCGAGUGAGAGUCCUGCAGGGCUAUACGGGGUAUGUGCUUUUCAUCGAGGAGGAUAACUACCUGCUGCCAGACUUUUACCACGUCUUCGAGGGAAUGGCCGCACUUAAGAAGAAGGAGUGCCCCGACUGCGACAUGCUCGCGCUUGGUAACCAUGACGACGCCACGCGGUUUGAGGAGUUCGCCGACAAGGUUGAGACGUCCGGCUGGCUGUCAACCAGGCACAACAUCGGCAUGGCCAUGCCUAAGGAGAUGUACUACAAGCUGAUGGGCUGCAACGCGGAGUUCUGCACUUACGACGAUUACAACUGGGACUGGACGCUACAGCAUCUGUCGGGAUCGUGCAUCUCGAAGCCGCUUAAGGUGCUGGCAGCCAAGUCCUCUCGAGUUCUGCACACGGGUAACUGCGGACUGCACCAUAACCAAGGCUGCCAGCCGGAGGUGGCUCGUCAGGGAGUUAAGGGGCUCUUGGAUUUGUCACAAAAAUUCCUGUUCCCUAGUUCUUUGAUCGUGAACAGUCAGCAGCCGGUGGAGCACAAGAAUCAUAUGAUAAACGGCGGGUGGGGAGACAUUCGAGAUCACGUACUGUGUAAAAACUAUGCAAAUAUUCUGUGAAUAUUUUCUUUCUGGUAGCUGUUGGGUAACCGUGAUAUCAGGGUUAAAUCAGGGGUCACCACCAUAAGGUUCCAGCAGUCGCAGGUAACUGGAUUACCUCAUGACCUUUAACCUUAAAUGUUCUCAGGAUUGAUAAGUUUACUUUGGCCCAGUAAGGGUUGGGUCUUUACAUUUUUAAAAGAAUUAUCAUAUAAAUACAAAAAUCAAGUCAUUUUUGGAGUCGUUGCACUUUUAACAAAUGUAUUUAAACAUUAAUUUUAAUAUAAAAAUUUGCCAAAGACAAGUCCUUUUUUUUUGCUGUCAUACCAAGUACUUAUACUGUGUUUUAUGAUACUGCAUUGCACAAGAAACAGUAUCUGUUAACCAAAUUUGAUCUCAUAUGGGUUCAACCUACAGCCAGUAACUUUUGUUGAGUGAUGCAAUAAUGUAAAGCUCACUCAAUUUUAGUGUAGUAUGUUGCAUAUUGCUGGUGUUCAUAGGUUAAUUGCCUUCAUUCAUAUAAAAGUGUAACAUUUUUGGAGGCAAUGAGGUUCUUUAUUUAAUAAAAUGCGACACAUUGUAAUACAUUCUGUCCAGCACUUCAAAGAGGUGAGUGCACCAUGAGGAAUCUUUAAAUCUGUGCAAUAUUGAAGGUUGCAACAUAUGAAUUGUGUAACUGCAUAGUGAAUGUAUAUAAAGACAAGCUUUAGGGAGAGAUUUAAUUUUUUGGAGCAAAGACCAGGUUUUUUUUCUGUAUCUAGCAUUCAUUACAACUUUUUUUUUAUGGUCUGUAUAGUCUGACUAUAUGACUCUUAUUCCUCCAUGACUCUUAUUCCUGUUAAGUGUACUGAAUGCUAAUUUGUACAGCUAGAUCAUUAUUUCAUUGCAAAUUAGACUUAUGUGCCUUUGGAUGCCUUUAGACAGCAGAAUAUGUUUACUGUCGCAUUGUGUCUUUUAAAGAUAAGCCAAAAAAUGCAAGAUGACUCUAUGUACAGCUGAGCGUUCAAGCCUUGUUCAGCUCUAUGUAAAGAAAUAAUGAUCAUUAUUAAAAAGAAUCCGAUGUGUGAAUGAUGUAUAAUUUGUAAGGGAUGGAGAAAAACAUAUUUUUGUACAAAAAUAGAUUUAAAACCUUUGGAGGGACACUAUGACAUUGCCAUUGUGUUUACUGACUUUUUUUAAUUCAUUGUAUAUUUUGUACAUUUGAUGUAUGAUGGUAAUUUUUCUCCCUCCUCACAUUGCCCAUACAGUUUUCAGGUUAAUCGGUGGCUUUAAUCUGUCCUUCCUAUCAAUAUUAAUAGCUCUGCUAUCCAAGGACUCAUUGACUAAAAUAUGUAUUGCUUUUCAUAUGGAUACGCAGUCACUCUAAAUCUAUAGGUUUAACGUAUCAUUCAUAUAAUGUUUGACAUUAACAAUGAAACUAACCAGUGAGCCAAUUGUUUUAUAAAUAAUUGCCAGUGAAAUUUUUUUGCUCAUAUGUGCAAAAUCUUUUUAUUGUGGCAUUGUGGGGGGAAAAAACUGAGCUUUCGGGCUUAAUCACUUUCGUUGAGAACAUUCUUAUGAUGUAAGACUGCAAACUCUGUUUUGCCAUGUUUAACCUCAGUGAAAGCCCAACUGGAUUCCUUAACAUUUUUGAUUAACUGGUUAGAUCCGACACCCUCCAGAAGCAUGUUAAUGGAUGGCCUAGUUAGUUAUGGUUAAGCAUUUGAGUCAAUUCAGGUCUUUCCAUGGCACUUGAGCAAGGAGAGUCUUUAAGUUCUCUGUAGGAUGUUAUUUUUGUAGUUUUGUAGAAGUAAUGUGAAUAUUAAAAAUGACAACUGAUUGUUGUGUUUUUCUUUUUUAUUGCAAAUUGCAUAACUCCAGCUAAAAUCUGGAGGAUGUAUGACGUGCAAAUAGCCAUUGUUUGAUUGUUACGAUUUGACAUUACCAGACUCAAAGUUGCAUGUUAAUUUAGUUUAUGAUUAAGAUUGAAACAAGUCAACUUUACAGAUGCAGAGAUUACAAAGACUACUGAAGGCAUUAAAUAAAUCUAAUACUUUAUC